AUAACAUAGAUCAGAAUUUAUAAAAUAAUGUAAUAUUGGUCCUUAAAAGAUUAUGCAACAUCCUCCUACACUGUCCUCAUAAUAGAAUCAACGCAUUAUGCAAGCUUUGUGAGAUCUUUAAUCAUUGUCACCAACUUCAGACUUACUACACUCAGAAUAGUACAUUAGACUUUUAUUAAUGAUGACAAUGACUAUUUUUUACCUCCCUUCAUUUGUCCUUGUCCUUGUCAUUACACUAAAAUACCCACAUCAUAAAACUUGUACUGCAACAUUGGUCACUUUUUUAUUUCCAGACUUGCAUUUGGCUGCAGAGCUUGGCAAGACCCUGCUGGAGAGGAAUAAGGAGCUGGAGGACUCACUGCAGCAGAUGUACAUCACCAAUGAAGAGCAGGUGCAGGAGAUCGAGUACCUGUCCAAGCAGCUGGAUGUCCUGCGGGACAUGAAUGAACAGCACGCCAAAGUGUACGAGCAGCUGGAUGGGACGGCCCGAGAGCUGGAGCGCACCAAUCACGCUCUGGUGCAGGACAGCAAAAGCUCCCAGCAAAAGAUCGAGAGCCUGAGCGGGUGCAUCGAGGUGCUGCAGAAGCAGGUGGAGGCUCUGACGGGGCAGUUGGAGCAGCUCAAGUCCAUGGAGCAGCUGCGAGUGCGGAGGGAGAAGAGAGAGAGGAGGAAGACCAUCCACUCCUUCCCAUGUUUGAGAGAACUCUGCACUGCACCCAAGUACGAGGACGAGUUUGUGGUGGGGCGUGCAGAGAGCUUCUCGGUGGAGGCCAAACAACAGCCCCGUGAGGAGGAGGAGAACCUGCAGCUCCGUGAGGCCGUGUCCUCCCUCAGAGCAGCCAUCAGGACCGAGAGAGGGCGCAGGGACGCGGUGGAGAGGGAGUGCCACCUGCUGCUGUCUGAGUUCUCCCGACUGCAGACACGAGUGCAGGAUGCUGAGAGCUGCCAGGCACGUGUGCGUGAGCUGGAGGUGGAACUCCUUGAGCUACAGCAGCUUCGUCGUGCACGCACCUACCUCUUGAGCAAUGACGAGGAUGGACUCACCCUAACCCAGACCGUGCUCCAAAGCACCCCCGAGACUGACACCUUCAUAGAGGGUGAUGCGGAGGAGGGAGGUGGUGUGCGGGAGACCACCCAGAACGGCCAAGGUCCGGGGGGAGAAACCUUACCCGACUCCAGCCCCGUGAGAAAGAGCUGUAGUGACACCGCCCUGAACGCCAUCGUGGCCCGGGACCCUUCAGGCCGCAGGAGGGGCAGCUACGCUCUCCAUGCCAACAGCGUGCGCAAACGGGGCAUGUCCAUUCUGCGUGAGGUGGAUGAGCAGUACCAUGCCCUGCUUGAGAAGUACGAAGAGCUCCUGGGCAAAUGCAGGCGCCACGAGGAGAGCCUGUGCCACGCGGAGGUCCAGACGUCUCGCCCAGUGUCCCGCGACCCCUCCAUGAAAGACUGCGCCGCCAUGGCUCCCAUCCCGGCCCCGCCUCCCACCACGCCCACACAGGAGUCGCCCUCCACCCCCGAGGCCAUGGAGAGCAUCAGCAGGCAGGUGGAGGCGGUGGACAAGAGGCUAGGGCAGAACACGCCUGAGUACAAGACGCUGUUCAAGGAGAUCUUCUCACGCAUCCAGAAGACCAAGAUGGACAUCAAAGCCACCAAAGCAGCUAAAGCGAAAGGGAAAUCAGGCAAAUCUAGCAAACACUAAAUUAACUGUGUUUUUGCUACUAAACUGUGUACAUGGUGUUUGAAUAGCAUUGUGUACUGUUUCUAGUCCUAGUUCCUAGUUUUGGCAAUUGUUGUGCAAACUAGGUACAUUUGGUAAACUGCCGCCUUCAGUGGCCAGUGCAGUUUCAAGUACUACAUGACAUCAUGUAGUCCUGUAUGUAAUCAGAAACACGUGGCUGCAGGGGUGGAGUUUGAAGUGUGUAUUUGUUAGACCAAUCACACUGUACCUUAUAUGUCCAAACUAGGGUUGACAACAUAUCAAAAAUCAGAUACUAAUUGAUACUAAAACUAGUGUCGAAACUAGAUACUCAUUUGAGCAGGUAUCAAUACUAAAAAAUCACAUUCGAGGACAGAAAUCAACUUUUCCUGAAUAGCUUUAGCCUGAAUAAGACCACAUAGACUGGUAUGGACCACCAUGGAACCUACCUGGACAAUUGACGCAUUACACAGAUAUAAGGGCACACGGUACUAUAAAAGAAUACUACGAUUUAAUGUCGAAAAUGACAUUCUACUGUCUAAGUAAAG